CCCUAUAUAUAGACGUUUGUAACGCGGUCUUUAUGAUCAAUGCCCCUGAGACUUACGGAAGAACAGGUAGAAAAGGCAAUUCUCAACAUGAAAUAUCCCAUCUUCGUUACCAUCGUUUUCAUAGGAAUAUUUCAGUCUCAAGAAGUUUUUGGCUGCGGCGGUGGAAGCAAGCCUAAGCCAAAGCCACCAACACCAGGUGGUAGCAAAUGUUUUGCGCAGAUUUGCUCCAGUAAUCCUUCCAAUCAAAUAAGAGGAACAGAUCGGCAUGGCAGUGGUGCUUUUGGAGCACCGAGGGGGAGUCGCACCCAUAAAGGCGUUGAUAUCGUGUGUGCUGUGGGAUAUCGUGUGUACGCUCCAUUUCCCGCGAGUGUUGUCCGUGGACUUACUGUGUAUAGUGCAUCGAAACAUCGCGGCAAGCCAUACAACACUGGCCUUGAACUUAGGGGAACUGGAGCCUGGACAGGUUAUAAAGUAAAAUUGUUUUAUGUGAGGAAGACAAUCAGCAAUGGAAGAAUCGUGGCUUCAGGGGAUUCCAUUGGCACCAUGACUGACAGGGCAUCUGUGGACCCUGGGAUGACAAACCAUGUUCAUGUGCAGCUCUACAAGGAUGGGGCGAUAGUGGAUCCCACUUCUUUUGUUAACUGUUAGGAAUCUGUUGUUAGGCUAGCUGUAAGGAGUGAUUUUUAGCCUGCAAUAAAUUAGCACAAAUAGUUAUUUCAACAGUGGAGUAGGAAAAUAAAAGUUGUUCAAAUCAAAGAAUCUGA